AUGCCUACCGGAUCCGAUGCUACUACAUCGUCCACGUCGAGUAGUCAGCCCCAAUCUGAAGUCAAGAAAACAAUGCAGUCGUAUCACUACGUAACGGAAGAAGGUGUAAAGCACAUUUUGGACUAUCGCUAUAGCGGCAGCGACGCGUCGCUCUUGUACAAUCACGUGAUCUCUCCAUUGGCUCAAUGGCUUGUGAAUCACGUGCUGUCACCACGAAUUGCACCGAACGCCAUUACGAUUGGAGCACUAUCGCUUGUGAUUCUAUCACAUGUGAUUAUGUUUUGGUACGCACCGAACAUGGUGGAGGAAGCACCGAGAUGGGUGUACAUGAAUGCAGGUUUCUCGCUACUAUUUUAUCAGAUCUUGGACGUGGCAGAUGGUAAACAAGCUCGGAAGACGGGCAACUCGUCGCCACUCGGACUCUUGUUCGACCAUGGUUGCGAUGCACUUAAUGUGGUUGUCAGUGCCUGUACAUUUGCGUCAACGAUCAUGCUCGGACCAACGUAUUGGUCGCUGUUGAUUUUCCUUGCACCGGCCAUGGUGUUCUUUAUGGCAACGUGGGAGGAGUAUUACACUGGCACACUGGCACUUCCAAUUAUCAAUGGACCUAACGAAGGUUUGCUGAUCAUGUACUCGAUCUACAUUGCCACGGCUAUCAUCGGGCCAACGGUCUGGACACAGCCCAACGUUUUCUUUCCGCAGCUGAACAAUAACCACGUGCUCGUCUUGAUCACGAUCACCAUUGCGAUUGUUCAGUGUUUUUUCAGUGGUGUGAUUGCUAUCCGAUCAAUGGAGCGCAGAGCGAAAGAUGGCGCUGCAGCACUAAUUGGAAUUAUGCCUUUCAUCGCGCUUGUUUUGAUGUCUGCCCUUUGGGUGCUUUGUUCUCCGUCUGAUGUAUUUACGGACCACCCACGUCUCCUCAUCUGGACUGUUGGGUUAGUCUUUGCAAAGAUGGUGAUGCACAUGAUGCUUUCGCACAUGUGUGGAGAGCCGUACUGGUUACUGCGCAAGACGUUCUUGAUCCAGGUUGUCGUUUCUUUCCUGCUGCUGGUUGGUAUGGUGCCUUGGGGCCAUGAAAGCUCUGUAGUGCAGCUGUUCUUCACGAUCUCAUUGUUGGCCUAUGUGCACAUGAUCUUCUUCCUCUCUACGGAGCUUGCCACAAUUUUAGGUAUUCGUAUCUUUAAAGUGAAGCAGAUAUAA